AUGCGCAUAAAGAAGGCCCACCUUUGACCCGGAACUUAGGUGUCUCUGUUCCGCUUAAAGACGCUUGUGUGACCGGAAGUACUUACGGGUACCUAGGGUCCAGCCUAACUUCCGGAGCCCGCUGCGGCGGUUACUGGGUCGGAGAAUCUUGUUAUGGAGGCCGUGGCAGCUGCGGCAGUGGCGGAGAGGAAGCCGGAUGAUGACUGUGUGGAGGCCAGAUGUGUGCACUGGGGGGAGCUGAGCCAGACUUCCAUUCCACCGGGACCUCAAGAGAAGGAGACAGCAGAGAGUACACCAGACGUCACCAGCGGUGACAGCUCUCAGGCAGAGAGUCCGGCUGUAAGUGCCAUGUUGCACGCCAUCGCUGCCAGCCACCUGCCCGUGUGCAGCCAGCAGCAGGGUGAGCCUGACCUGACAGAGCCUGAGAAGGUGGCCAUCCUGGGCCAGCUGUAUCACAAGAAGCCACUGGUGUUCCUAGAGCGCUUCCGCACAGGCCUCCGGGAAGAGCACCUGGCCUGCUUCGGCCACCUGCGUGGAGAUCACCGUGCUGAUUUCUACUGUGCCGAGGUGGCCCGGCAAGGCACUGCCCGGCCUCGAACUCUGCGUACCCGCCUUCGUAACCGGCGUUACGCUGCCCUGCGUGAGCUCAUCCAAGGAGGCGAGUACUUUAGCGACGAGCAGAUGCGGUUUCGGGCCCCGCUGCUGUACGAGCAGUACAUAGGACAAUACCUCACGCAGGAAGAGCUCAGUGCCCGCACACCAGCCCCGCAGGCCCCCAGGUCUGGCUCCCCCGGCACACCUGCCUAUCCACUCUCCGACCUGCUGUUUCAGUCCUACCAGGAGCGGGAGCUGCAGCAAAAGCUGCUCCAGCAGCAAGAGGAGGAGGAGGCCUGUUUUGAGGAGGAAGAGGACAGUGAUGAGGAAGACCAGAGGUCGGAUAAAGACCUGGAAGCCUGGGUGCCUGACUCGGAAGAGAGGCUGAUCCUUCGAGAGGAGUUCACCAGCCGCAUGCACCAGCGCUUCCUGGAUGGCAAAGAUGGGGGCUUUGACUACAGCACGGUGGAUGACAACCCUGACUUUGAUAACCUGGACAUCGUGGCGCGUGAUGAGGAGGAUCGAUACUUUGAUGAAGAGGAACCUGAGGAUGUGUCCAGCCCAGAGCUAGACGGGGACUGACGGUGCCCACCCUUCCAGCCAGUGACACCAUGCUCACCCCUCCAGGCAGCUGGUUACAAGCUGGCUUAGUGACUCAGAGGCCAUCAAGACAGGCCCCCGGACUUGGCCCACCUCAGAUAAUCUCCCCACUUCUGUUAAGGGGUUCCUGCUCUUUUCUCUGGGAACAUCACUGCCCCUCUUGCCCUGGCCCCAUCGUCUUUUCUCUGAUCCAGGAUCCUGCUGUGUAGAACCAACUUGCCUGUUAGUUGCUUUGUAGCCAAGGCUGGCCUGAAACUCAGUUUCCCACAUGCUGUGUGUGGGUGAAUCCCCGUGUUUGGUCUACAUGUCCUUUUCUUACCCUCUUUCUCCCUUCAUGCCACUGCCCCACCUCCCGAUUCCCAGGUCUCUAACCUUCUGCCCAUCUUUGUGUCAUGAGUGCUGUGUACACAUCAGGGCCCUGGCAAUCAUUGGUGACUGCAGCUGUCACAUGAAUGCCAGCCAUCAAGUUCCAUCUGAUGCCCAGCACAGCCCUCAGUCUCUCCACCGCUCUCUGCCAGUGACCUACGACGGGCACCUCUUUGCUACCCCCAGGCUCCCACCUCAAACUCCAUGCCGCUGCUGCCUCCUCGUUCAUUUCCACGUUAUCUCCAGGCCUUGAUGUCAGCCCCUCUGUCUCAGCCUUUAUGGCUGGUCCUCUGGGUCCCCUCCCCCAGACCUGGCCAUCAAGGGCAGCAGAAGCCCUCUCUGUGGAUGGAGGUUAGGGGAACCCAGUUGGCACCAGCCUCUGCUGCUGUGCUAACUAGGAGUGCUGGCAAAGCAGAGCUGGGUACCACAGGGCCAGCUCGGGUGUAGGAGGAACAUGAAGAGGGGACUCUCUUCCCUACAGCCCCCCUUCCCAGCCACAAUUUUCCUUUUCCUCACUUCCUCUCCCUCUCCCUCUCCUGUUUACACUCCCCAAAUACGCACAGGCUGUUAUCAUGGCUCUUGAGUCAUCACACACAGACAUACAGCCUGCCCCAGUGUCCCUGCCCCCAGCCGGCCACAGGGCCCGCCCCACAGAGCCCCCUGCUGCCCUGGGCUAAUGAAAGCCAGAUGGCUGCUUGUGACUCAGCCGUGGCCUGUGGGAACCCAGACGUCCUACCUUCCCAUGCCCCACGCCCGGGCCCUGCGUCCCCAGCAGACGGAAGCAACCUGCUCCUAUGGGGACCGGAGCAGCGUGUCUGGACCUGAGGGCCCAAACAUAGGCUCUCUCUGUACCUGAAGGACCCUCAGAACUGUAAAGCCAAGCUCCUGCCCCUGGGCCUUGGCUCUGCCCUCCGUGUUAACAAAACUCACCCAGGGGGUAGAGGGUGUUCUCUUGAACUGUUGAGAGAUCCUCAACAGCCCAGCCUGGGCCAGGCCUGAGUGACACCUCUUGACGGGCCUGGAAACAAGGCUGUCAACUGCCACUUGUCACAAAGGGUGGAAAGGGCCCAGAAGUAGCCAUAUGCCUCUUGGGACCACCUGGCCUCCCAGGCACAGCCAGGACUAGAACACGCUGUACACAGCACUUGCGACCUCACUGGACAGCGGUGAGGAUGCAGAGACAGACUCCUCACAUUGUGGGGGACUGUAGAAGGUGCCGGUGUUGUGGUGUUACACCCCUACCCUUACCUCCCCAGAGGACACUGUGAGUCCACAACUGGGAUCCCACCACACUGGACGGGAGCCAGGAGCGCUCUUUUGGGAAGUCCAUUGGCUUAAGUAUUUUCACAGUUAACCAGUGUUCUGUCCGACCAUUAAACUUAUUUAAGAU